AUGUUCGAAAUUUUCACGCAUGGCUUCACCUUUCUCAACCUGCUCUCCAUCAUCGCCUUCAUCACCACCGUCGGGCUGUUCUUUUGCGGAAUCCCGAUCUGCCGACAAAUCCUGAAGCGCAAGGACACCAAGGAGAUCGCCGCCGCCCCGUUUUUGAUGGGAAUUUUGGGCGGAACCUGCUGGAUGUCAUACGGUUACCUAAAAGGUGACCAUACCGUAAUGUACGUGACCGGAACGCAAAUCAUUCUCUACACCUCCUAUACGCUAUUUUAUUGGUUUAUGACAAAGGACAAGUUUGGGAUCACCCUCAAAGUUCUCUUCAUCGUCAUCCUCUCGACGAGCAUCGCCGCCUCUUCCUAUCACUUCCGGAUGGCGGUGUUCCACCCGCUCGGCUGGCUGUGCAUGACGUUGAACGCCGCCGACUUUGCAGCACCACUCGCUGGGCUGAAAACCGUCAUCCGCCGCGGGGCCACAUCAACUCUCCCACUACCCCUGUGCAUCGCCAACUUCCUCGUCUCGACGGAGUGGUUCGUCUACGGGCUCCUCGUCUGGGACUUCUACCUGAUUACGCCAAACGGAAUUGGGUCAGUCUUGGCGCUGGCGCAGGUGAUGCUGUUCGUUGUGUUGCCCCGGAAACCCGGACAGCAGAGCCCGAUUCGGCGGCUCGUCAAUUUGUGCCGCCGGGAUACGGUGGCCGACAUUGAGACGGCGGCUGUUGUCGAGCCGACGGUCGGCCUCUCGACGGACGAUGAAAAGGAUGCAAAAAUGCCGCCCAGGGAGGAGCAGUCGUGGCCCUCGAUGGUCAUCUCCACGCUCGAGCACGAGCUCGACAACGUCAUCAGCCGGGUGACCGCACAUGAACAGUUCGGCUACUCCACCCAACUCGACGAGGAGGGCAGCAGCGACAACGAGAAGACGCUCACCGACCGGAAGUUGGCCAAGGAGCUGGCCGAGGCGAGGAGGGCCGAGACAGUUGAGAGGCCGGUCAGGGAGAGGAGCACGACGGUGCGGGAGGACGAGCAAGAGGAAGAAGCGGCGGCUGCGAGAAUCCAUCGUUCAUCUUCUAGUCCGAAUCUGUCUGUA